AGUGGGAAUGAGCGAAGGCCCGGGGUCACGAGGCCGUUGGGGGGGCGGAGCCAGCGGCCGGUGAGGUUCUAGUCUGUUCUGCCUCGCGGCAGCCGCCCCCUUCCACUCGGUCACGUUGAGCCGCGCCUGGACCUCCACAGCUGCCCCUCGCCUCCCGCCUCCCGACCAUGGAUCCCCGCAAAGUGAGCGAGCUUCGGGCCUUCGUGAAGAUGUGUAAGCAGGACCCGAGCGUCCUGCACACCGAGGAAAUGCGUUUCCUGAGGGAGUGGGUGGAGAGCAUGGGAGGUAAAGUACCACCUGCUACUCACAAAGCUAAAUCAGAAGAAAAUGUCAAGGAAGAAAAAAGAGAUAAUAAGACAGAGGAAAACAUAAAGACGGGGGAACCAUCAAGUGAGGAGAGUGAUCUGGAAAUUGACAAUGAAGGUGUAAUUGAGCCAGACACUGAUGCCCCUCAAGAGAUGGGAGAGGAAAAUGCAGAGAUAACUGAGGAGAUGAUGGAUCAAGCAAAUGAAAAGAAGGGGGCUGCCAUUGAAGCCCUAAAUGAUGGUGAGCUGCAGAAAGCAAUUGACUUGUUCACUGAUGCCAUCAAGCUAAAUCCUCGCUUGGCUAUUCUGUAUGCCAAGAGAGCCAGUGUGUUCGUCAAAUUACAGAAGCCAAAUGCUGCUAUCCGAGACUGUGACAGAGCCAUUGAAAUAAACCCUGAUUCAGCUCAGCCAUACAAGUGGCGAGGGAAAGCACACAGACUCUUGGGUCACUGGGAAGAAGCAGCUCAUGAUCUAGCCCUUGCCUGUAAACUGGAUUAUGACGAGGAUGCCAGUGCAAUGCUGAAGGAGGUUCAACCUCGGGCUCAAAAAAUUGCUGAGCAUCGGAGAAAAUAUGAGCGAAAACGUGAAGAGCGAGAGAUAAAAGAAAGAAUAGAAAGGGUGAAGAAGGCUCGAGAAGAGCAUGAAAGAGCCCAAAGGGAAGAAGAAGCCAGAAGACAGUCUGGGCCUCAGUAUGGCUCUUUUCCAGGUGGUUUUCCUGGGGGAAUGCCUGGUAAUUUUCCUGGAGGAAUGCCUGGAAUGGGAGGGGGCAUGCCUGGAAUGGGAGCAAUGCCUGGACUCAAUGAAAUCCUCAGUGACCCUGAGGUUCUUGCAGCCAUGCAGGAUCCAGACGUCAUGGUGGCUUUCCAGGAUGUGGCCCAGAACCCAGCAAAUAUGUCAAAAUAUCAGAACAACCCAAAGGUUAUGAAUCUCAUCAGUAAAUUGUCAGCCAAGUUGGAGGUCAAGCGUAAUAUCAAACAGCCCUUGCUGAAUGAAGAGCAGCUUAGCUCACUUACUGGAUGUUGCAAUAAUACAAACCAGUGUACCUCUGACCUCAUCAGGAGAGCUGGGGUGCUUCGAAGACUAUCCCUACCCUUCUGCGUCAAAUGCGGCUGAAGCAUUUUACAGUGGUUUGCCAUUAGAGUCUUCAUUCAGAUAAUGUUUUCCUACUAGGAAUUAUAAACAUUUUUCAACCUUAAACAUAUUUUUUAAAAAUUUAGGGGGUAUUAAUUCCUCCACUUUUCUUUACUAAUCUUUGGGUUUUUCCUUUGAAUUACUGGGCAAGGAAGCUGAAUAUGGUCGACUUACUGCUCUCAUGAAUGGAAAUAAAGAUUUGUUAGUGGGAAGUAAAUAAAACUCAUUUAAGUUGAUUGAGUUGGA